UCUUUUUGGCACAAAGGUAGUGACAGUACUUUGGAGGCUAUGGACUAUUUGAAAUUUUUCUAUAUCCUGGUGAUCCCAUCCGCUGUGUGGGGCCAAUGUGCAGAUAUCGACAGCAGGGCUUGCGCCUUAAUGGCGCAACAAGACCCAAAUGUGUGCCAAGACCAAGUUAUUGCUCCCAACGCUUGUCCAAGAUAUUGCAACUUGUGCCCACUGACAUGUUACAAUUGUCAAACGAUGUCACAAAAUGAUACGUGUAAUUCUACAAUGACGUGUGAAACUGGAGAGAAAUGUCUAUCCAACUGGAUUCACUCGACCGCUGAUGAACAUGAUGAGUACACCCUCAUGUGUGCCACAAAUGAUGUUUGUGAUGGUAAAGCGGUAUUGGCGGUCGUGAUUGGAAAACGACGUCAACGUCAUGCAAGUCGUGACGCAGCUUUCUCUUGCUGUUCAACAGAUUUAUGCAACCAUCCACCAACGUCAGCGUACAGCGUCGCUAGUUCAACAUCAAGCACCCCAAUAACUACCACCACUUCCACCACCACUACCACCACCACCACCACCACCACCACCACCACAACGAGACCACCCGCCUACUGUGAUACGUCUGACGGCUACACCCUGCUUACUUCCAGCAACUGGGAAUUCUCCUCAACUCAGCUGUGUGUAAAGCUGCACCAGACGACACUCGAAUUCGUAGACGCCAUGUCUUACUGUGAACGUGAAAAUGCCACACUUGUUGUCCUCGACACUCAGGCGAAAUACGACUUGGUAGAGACUGUCCUGCAAAAAACACCCGAUAACCGCCUCUGGAUCGGAAUGCAGUACAUAAAAUACCAGAACACAUUCAUUUGGUUGAACGGCAUCCAUGUGGACGAUAACGAUAACAGAUGGGGGAGCCAUGAACCGUCUCAUCAUUCGUUUGAGGGUUGUGUUUGUAUUGACAAACAUGACAACAAUGGUUUCCAUAAUACAGUGUGCGGUGAUCGUCAUGCCUACAUCUGUGAGAGGAAAAUGUAAAAAUAAAUUGGUUUUAUA